AUUAAAGCGACGGAGAGAAAGAAACACGACGACAAAGGGAAGAGGGAAAACUAGGCGUUUCUUCUUUAUUUCUCCAUUCUCAUCUUCAAGCUCCCACCUUUGAAGAAAACUGGAUUCAACAUCUGGAAAAAUUUAGGUUUUCACUCUCUGUGUCUUCAAAUCCAGAUUUAGGGUUAGGGUUUCUUUGUUGAUUUCUCUCCACUUAUUUCCUCGGAAUGACACUCUUCUCUAGCUUUCCCCCUUUGAAUCUUCGCAAAUUGGUUUAAAUCCGGUAAUAACAUCAGUUAUUUGGUUGUUUGUAUUUAUCUGAUCGGGAGAUAGACAGAAGGUUUCGUUUUUGAUGGAUGAGAUUUGGGAGAGAGCGGUGGAGACAGCUUUGAACGGGCAGAAGGAUUACGCUGCAACUCGGACCUUGACGUUAGACGGGGCGGUGAAGGCCGUGCCGGGGAGGCUUCCUCCACCAAGCCUUCUAGAGAAAUUUGAGAACCUUCAGCAUCUGUCAAUAGCUAACAACGGAGUUCCUUCUCUGGAGCAUUUUCCGCGUCUUCGGAAUCUGCAGAAACUCAUCCUCUCCGACAAUCGGAUAGGUGGUGGCCUUGAGUACCUUGUUGAAGCUGGGCUCGAAUCGCUUCGGGACCUUGACUUGUCCAACAAUCGAAUUCAGUGUAUCGAGGAUCUUGCACCGCUUGCUCAGUUGAAACUUGUAUCACUUGAUCUUUACGAGUGUCCGGUGACAAAAGUGACGGAUUAUCGAUCUAGGGUUUUUGGGUUGAUCAAAUCUCUUAAGUAUUUGGAUAAUAUGGAUGCCGAUGAGAACGAGAGACCGGAUUCAGAUGAGGAGGAGGAGGAUGAAGAGGAUGAGGACGAGGAUGAUGAGGAUACUCGAAACGAGGAAAUUGAGGGUGAGGACAGACGGUACAAAUUGAAUAAUGGUCACAGUGAGGCGGGUGAAGGGAUUAUCGAGGUUAAUGACGACGAAGAGAGUGAUACAGAUGAGGAGGAGAUGGAGGCAAGUAGACAGAGAAACGGGUAUGGGCAUGAAGCAAAUGGGUUUCGGGUAGAGGGAGUCAGAGAGGAUGGGGGUGAGGAUGGGGGUGAGGAUGAGGAUGAGGAGGAUUAUGAUUCAGGUGAGGAAGUGGAUGAUGACGACGAUGAUGUUGUUGAGGUGCAUGAGAUUGAGGACAGUGAUGAUGAAGAUGAAGAGGAUGAGGAUGAGGAAGAGGUGGACAAUGAUGAGGGCGAUUUUGCUGGGCAGGAGAUUAAUGGGCUGUUAACAAGCACGGAAGGGGAGAUUGAUGGACAUGAGCAGGGGGAAGAUGAUGGAGAUGAUGAUGAUAUUGGAGAGACUGGAGAGGAAGAGCAGGGUGUUGAUGACGGGGAGUUUGAAGAUGAAGAAGUGGGUGAUGAGGAGGAUGAUGAUGAUGGUGAAGGGUACCUGAUUCAACCUGGGAGACAGACCGAAGAACUUUAUGCUGGAGGUAUUGAUAUGGAUUCAGGGAAUGAAGAAGAUGAUACAGAGGAGGAAGAAGUUGAAGAAGUUGAUGACGAGGAUGAUGAUGUUCAGGUUCCUCCAUCUUCCUCACAUCUUAAGAGAAAGAGAGGUGACAAAGAUGAUGAGGAUGAAGAUGGGGAGGACGAGGAUGAAGACGAAGAUGUUGUUGAUUACAGCAAAUCAUCCAAGAAGCAUUGCUAGCUGGUUUUGAUCUCAUAACUUAAGUCGUUUUUCUUAAUGCUCAAAGUUUGGAAACAGGGGGAACAACUUCAUGGUAGUAAUGUUUAUUGAACAAGCUCUAGCUUUAGGUGAAAGGAAUUGUAUAUUAGUUGAAGAAGUAGUUAGUGUUUUCUCCCGCUUUUUUCUUUGUUAUAUAGCCGUUGCUCUCUGUUAAUUCAAAUGACAGUUGCAAAGGGUUUACCGCCCUUGUUAUGCUCUCUCAGGUCAGGGGUCUUGUUUCUCUAUAGGGGGGGAAAUAGAAUGGAGGGAAAAGAGGGCCUCAUAAAUCUUCCUUUAAAAAAAAGGGGGGGUGUGGAUGGAUAAGUUGUAAAACGCUUGUUGGUAGUUUUCAUCAGCCAUCGUACAUUCUCAUUGCCAUCAAAUCAGAUGAACUUUGUUUUCGAGGAUUUGGUCCAAACACUUGGCUACUUGUGAUUGGUUGAAUGCU